AUGACUACAAUAACUCCCCUCGACCGAUACUCGGCAAACCUCGCCCUCUUCGACAGCGGCUCGAUGGCCCUCCCCGUCCCCGCUGUCUCCUCCUUCCACUCCCACUCCCACUCCCACUCCCACCCCUCCUCCACCUCCUCCUCUCUCUCCCAGGCCUCCGCCCCCGCCCGUCCCCAGGGCCCCCUCUCCCUCCAAGCAGACUACGCGGCCUCCUCCAAGCGCUGUCUGCGCAUGCGCCACCGCCGCCGCAGACUCCACAACAACCGCUUCUCGGACCGCUCGGAUUCGGACUCGGACGGCAUCGACACGGAUUCGGAUGACGAUGAACUGAAGCGGGGGCGCUCGCUCACGCGUUUCGGCGAGAAGAGCAGCGAUUGUAGUUGUGCGUCGGGGUCGCGUGUGAUGUCGACCUCGCGCGCGCUGCUGUCGGAUGAUGAGGAUGAAUAUCAAGACUUUGACGACGGCGACGCGCUUUCGCUCUCAAAGUCGGUCCCGCCGGAUGUCAUGGAGGAGGUCGAGCGGUUCAAGCGGUUGCUCGAGCAGGCUAAUCUCGAUCAACGAAUGGCCGCCUAUCGACCCAGUCUCGCAGGCGAUGCUCCAUGUCCCUGCGACGACGACUCUUCCGAAUACGACGACGAGGAGUUUGACGACGAGUCCGACGAAGAAGAGGACGACACCGACGACAAAGAAUCCCUCGAUUUUACAAAACAACCAGUUCCCUUCCCCUCCAUCCUUCACAGACAACAGACUAAGCAGCGGAUGUGCUGCUACCCCGUCGCCGAGUACUCUGCCGAUGCAGAUCCAGGUCGCGUCGUGCGCGUCGAUCAUAUCUCGAAGGACAUUGUUCCUCCUCAUGUGAAAGCGUGA